UUGACUAUAGCGGGGGGGGGGGGGCGUAACGUUGUGGUGUUAUUGAGGAAUCGAAAGUAGCUGAAUAAGGAAGUAAUUAGAAGUGGACUGCGUCACAUGGAGUUCGGAGAUCAUUGUCUGUUUCAGGAAUGUUCCAAUGCGGCUGUUGGUUAGGCAUAAUGAUGACAUUCACCAUAGACAAAAUUAUGAUUUGCCUCUCUGUUCUCUGUUGCAUGUUUAAAGUAUCUCUUUCAGUCAGAUUUAAGGUUUUUUCAACCACUUCCGUUGUUUCUACAUUGGGGUCAGAUGUGGUGUUACCUUGUCGUCUGACCCCUGAGAUGAACGCAGAGAAGAUGGAGAUCCGUUGGUUUAAGCCCAUGUACCAGCCGUAUGUUCAUCUUUAUAUUAAUGGGAAAGACGAUUACUCGAUCCAAAUGCCUCAGUUUACUAACAGAACAGAACUGAUAAAAGAGAACAUCACUAGAGGAGUUUUCCCUUUGAGGAUCCGUAAUGUCACAGCUCAGGAUUCUGGGCAAUAUUAUUGUUUUGUUGAGUCUACGGAACAUCAUGGCAGAACAACAGUACUUCUAAAUGUUACUGGUUCCUGCAAUAUGAAGAUUUGCACAGAUCCGCCCAGUGAACUCAAACAAGUCAGCCACAGUCUGGCACAACAUCCACGAAAAAGUCCUCCAGGAUUAUCCAUGAAAACUCGGAGUCACAUUAGUGCAAUCUGUGCCGCAAUCUGUGCCGCUGUACUGUUUGUUUGCAUAUGUAUUUGCCUUCUGUUAAAGAUUCCUGUGAAUGGGAGUUCUAAUCCGGCCUGACCUAAUGGUGGAAUUCAACUCACUCACAUGGAAAGAAUAUCACUAUGUAUUGUAUUGGUAUUAUUCUUCAAUCAUUGUACAUAAAGUUUCUCUGACGUUUGUACUGGUAUGAACUGUGGAUAUGUAUUGUAUGAUUUAUCUUCCCCUUGUCAUUUUAUAAAUAAAGUUAUAUAUACAAACACA